CUAGUGAGACAAAAGCAGAAUUCCGUUUAAUUUCACUUUCAUCUGAAACAUGUUGAUCCAAUACUGUCGCAGAAGUCCAGUGAUCGAUUGCCAAUUGUGUCUACAAAAGUAUUAAUGAUGGCAUUAAAAGGUAUUCGAGUUAUAGAGUUUGGUGGGUUGGCUCCAGUACCAUUCUGUGGAAUGAUUCUUUCUGAUUUUGGAGCUAAUGUGAUUAGAGUAGACAGGACAAAAUCCUUUGCAGAUACAGAUUGUAUGGGGAGAGGAAAACAAUCAAUCGCCAUUGAUUUAAAACAAAAAGAAGGUUUAAAUAUUGUACAUAAGAUGUGCUCCAAAGCAGAUGUUCUUAUAGAACCCUUUAGACCUGGAGUAAUGGAAAGGUUAGGGCUAGGUGCAGAUAAACUGUUAGCUGACAACCCUAGAUUGGUGUAUGCAAGAAUCAAUGGAUUUGGACAGAAAGGAGCAGUUGCAAAGAAGGCAGGACAUGAUAUCAACUAUAUAUCAAUGUCAGGUUUACUGUCAUAUCUUGGAAAGAAAGGAGAACCCCCAUUGCAUCCUGUAAAUUUACUUGCCGACUUUGCUGGUGGUGGUUUAACAUGUGCUUUAGGAAUUGUAAUGGCUUUGUAUGAGAGAAAUAUUUCUGGUAAAGGACAAGUUGUUGAUAAUAGUAUGGUAGAAGGCUCAGCAUAUGUAGGAAGUUGGUUAUCUAAUUCCCAGAAAAUGCCAUAUAUUUGGGGCAGAGAAAGGGGAGAUAACACAUUAGAUGGUGGGAGAGCAUUUUACGGUGUCUAUGAAACCAAAGACAAAAAAUAUAUAUCAGUUGGGGCAUUGGAGCCACAGUUUUUUAAGGAAUUGAUAAAAGGUCUUGGGUUAGAACAUAUAAAUCAAACAGAUGAUCCUGAAGAAAUGAAGAAAUUAUUUAAAGAUGUUUUUCUUACCAAGUCUCGUGACGAAUGGGUAUACCAAUUCCAGAAUUUAGAUGCCUGUGUAAGCCCAGUAUUAGAACCCAAAGAGGCAGCAGAACAUUUACACAAUGUGGAUAAUAAGACAUUUUUACAGGAUGAGUCUGGAGGCUAUGAGCCUGGUCCAGCACCUAGAUUGUCAAGGACACCAGGAGUUGAUAAGGUCCUACCUCAGCCUGUGAUUGGACAACAAACUCUCAUGAUUAUGAAAGAAAUGGGAUAUAGUGAUAUUGAAAUAGAAAAACUCUUACAAUCUGGUGUGAUAGAACAAAACAGUAAAGAUUCAAAAUUAUGAUAAAAUGAUUUAACUGUUAUAUUUCAGUUAUAGAUAUAUCUUAAAUAUUAAUUGAAUUUUUAAUUCGAUAUGAUUAUCAUUCAGAAUACAGUUCAGAUUAUAUUGAAUUUUGUAUAGUGUAUUAGGGGAUAUACAAAUAGAAAAUGAAAAAGAAAGAUUAAGAUGUCUCAAUCACAAGAGGAUGAUUUAUAGGAUAUAUAUUGUUAAUGCAGACUGUUGAAAAAAACGUUGUCAUCUGGCUAAUUCAUAUAAAAAUAAUUGUUAGAAUAUAUUUUUAUGGCAAAUAUAUAAAAUUUUUACCUUUUAUACAAUGGACUUUUACCUUUCAGAUUUGUCUAAUUCAUAUGUUUGUUAUUUGUGUUCAAUCAA